AUGUCUGCUCUCAAUAUGCUGGCCGAACAAUCCCCCCUCGCCGCAACGGCCUUUACCACGGCCGAUGCGGUGACGGCUGCUCCUCCGCCCACCUUCGACACCGGCCCCGCCUUCCCGGGCGACUUCCUGGGCCUGUCCCUCCAGGACGACGAGCAUAUCUGGGGAUUGAGCCCCAUGUCGCCGUCGCUAUCUGCCUGGAACUCCAAACCGGAGCCCACGUUCGCCAAUGCCAACCUGGAACGCGAUCUGAAAAACUCCCAAGUCCGGAACGGGCAACCGACGCCACCCCUGGACGACCAGAGAGUGCCGUCUACGCAGGGUGACCUGAUGACCUCUAUGGGCGGCAACAACUUGUGGGAUGAGACACAGACGCCGACGCCGACGCAGACGCAGACGCAGACCCCGACCAGCAGUGAUACCCGACAGCGCAAGAGCCCCAGUGACUCGGCCCAAACAGGGCAGAAUGGAAGCUCGAAACGGCGCAAGGUUCGCGAGUCCAAGCCUGCCACGAGCAACAACACCAGCAGCAGCGGUGGGGAAUCGGAUGACCAGAAGCAAGAAGAGAGGGCAAAGCGGGAGAAAUUCCUCGAGCGGAAUCGGUUGGCGGCGAGCAAGUGUCGCCAGAAGAAGAAAGAGCACACCAUGAUGCUGGAGACGAGGUACAAGGAACAGUCCGACAAGAAGGAGGAGCUCGUCGCCGAGAUCGCUCGUCUGCGAUCGGAGAUUCUGGGCCUCAAGAACGAGGUCUUGAAGCAUGCCCAGUGCGGGGACGAGCCCAUCAAACUGCACCUGGCGCAGAUGGUCAAGAAGAUCACCUACAACGAUACGGCGGAGAUCCGCGAUCCUACUACCGAUAUCACCGACCCUGCUGCUGCGGCUGCUGCUGCGGCCGUCGCCGCCGUUCCUCCCGCCGACCCGGGCACCUCUCCAUCCUCGUUGCGGGGAAGUGUGUCCUUUGGCUUUGACGAUCCCCUGCAACUGGAUCCGUCGGCAUCGGCGGCAUCUCUGGAGCAGCAGUUCCGCCGCGACUCGGAAGCGUCGAUGGCGUUUUCGGCAGACGACAAUUUCGACGAUCUCAUCAAUAUGAUUUUGUGGGUGGAUGAUUGCGGCGUUUCUAUGCUUGGGACUGAUCUGGUUGAUAUGGUCUUUCAACCUGCUAUACUGCAUGACCUGAUGUCCGGCGUUCACAAGGGCGCAAGUUUGUUUGGAACAACUCUGGUGGUUUGUGUCGCAAGUCUGGAGGAAUUGAGACCUGUAGUCGAAUGA